CGGUAAUUAUAAAUUAUUUUAGUUUUGGUCCAACGGGAACGUAUCCACUCCUAUUUGCUUCUUCUUCUUCUUCAGAUCACCAUCCUCCCUCCGUACAUCGCUGCUGAUCCAUGGAGUCAAUUCACUGCAAUAGUUUGGUAAACCCUAAUUUCGCCUUAAAUCAGCGUCGUCGGAGAACAAAUCGCGCUGUUCUUGAUCGGAGAGAUGCUCUAUCGCGGAGUCUAGUUUCUCUCGACGCCGUGGAGUUGCGGCGGAGCUGGACGUUCUCGGCUGUACGGACUUCUAACUUUACCGUUAGAGCGGCGGCAUCGACUGGUGUUGGCGGCCGGAGUUCUACUGACGCUUCGAUAAUGACAACGGCGAUGAGCGGGGUGGAUAGGGUAGGGAAAUCGAGCUCCGCGCUCGAACAGCUGGAUAUCGAGAGAGGCGUUUGUGUUCCUUUCCGAAAGUAUUCUCCGGAGACUGUGAGGAGUAAAGUUCUGGAAUCAAGAGGAUCAGUCGUCUCUCUUGCUUCAAGGGGUGUGGAGAUUGUUUGGACUCUUGGGUUGUAUUGGUCUACUUUAAUGUAUGACUUUAUGGUUGGAAGGGAUGAAGAAGUUGUCCCCUUCCGUGCUCGUCAGCUUAGGAACCUGUUGUGCAACUUGGGGCCUUCGUUUAUCAAAGCUGGUCAGGUUUUGGCGAAUAGGCCUGAUAUCAUCCGUGAAGACUACAUGAACGAGCUCUGCAUACUCCAAGAUGAUGUUCCUCCAUUCCCUAACGAGGUUGCUUUCAAUAUCAUCGAAGAAGAGUUAGGCCAACCUCUUGAGGCCCUAUUUAGCCAAAUUUCUUCACAGACAAUAGCGGCUGCAAGCUUGGGCCAAGUUUAUCGAGCUACUCUACGUGCCACUGGAGAGGAUGUUGCUAUCAAGGUGCAGCGACCACAAAUAGAGCCCAUAAUUUACCGGGAUCUCUUUCUUUUUCGAACCCUCGCUUCAUUCUUAAAUGGCUUCAGUAUACAGAAACUGGGUUGCAACGCAGAGCUAAUAGUUGAUGAAUUUGGAGAAAAGCUUUUGGAGGAGCUUGACUAUACAUUGGAAGCCAGAAACAUUGAAGACUUUCUGGAGAACUUCAAAGAUGACCCCACUGUCAAAAUUCCUCGAGUAUACAAGAAUCUUUGUGGUCCACGGGUUUUGGUAAUGGAGUGGAUCGAUGGUAUUCGGUGCACUGACCCACAGGCCAUCAAGGAUGCGGGUAUCGAUUUAAAUGGAUUCUUGACUGUUGGCGUCAGUGCUGCUCUAAGGCAGCUGUUGGAAUUUGGAUUGUUCCAUGGAGAUCCACAUCCUGGAAAUAUCUUUGCAAUGCAGGAUGGGCGUAUUGCUUAUGUGGACUUUGGUAAUGUUGCUGUACUGAGUCAGCAAAACAAGCAAAUUUUGAUUGAUGCUGUUGUUCAUGCGGUUAAUGAGGACUAUGGGGAGAUGGCAAAUGAUUUCACUAGGCUCGGAUUCUUGGCCAAGGAAACAGAUGUUUCUCCUAUCGUUCCAGCUUUAGAAGCCAUCUGGCAGAAUUCUGCGGGGAAAGGACUUGCAGAUUUCAAUUUUCGAAGUGUUACAGGCCAAUUCAACAAGCUUGUGUACGACUUUCCUAUCCGUAUCCCGGAGCGGUUCUCUCUUGUUAUUCGUUCUCUGCUUACUCAGGAGGGUAUAUGUUUCACGCUGAAGCCUGAUUUUAAAUUUCUAGAGGUUGCUUAUCCAUAUGUAGCAAAACGGCUUCUAACGGAUCCAAAUCCUGCACUUAGGGAACGCUUGAUACAGGUUCUAUUCAAAGAUGGUGUUUUCCAAUGGAAAAGGCUGGAAAACCUUUUAUCACUGGCAAAGGAAAACGUCGCCAAAAUGAGUAGCAAUCCUAAUCUACGAGUAGAGCGUGUGGAAAGUAAGCUUGACUUGACAGAUACCAUUAAGGAUGGAGCUCGUCUUUUCCUCCUUGACGAAGGCAUCCGCAGGAAACUUAUUCUUGCACUCACAGAGGACUCGAAGCUUCACGUAGAAGAGCUUGCCGACGUAUAUAAAUUGGUUGAAGACGAAGUAGAUAUUCCCACACUCGCCAUGGAAGUUGUGCGAGAUUUACCAAAUGUAUUUCGAGAUUUCGUGCUGUCAUGGAGCAACUCGGUUUUAUCCGACAGAUGAUAUGAUAAUAGGCUUCUCAAUUACAUAUUUUUUGUUGGGUGAUCUGUUGAAGAGGAGGAAAGAGGUAAUAGCCAGGGAGAAAACGUAGAUUAAUAGAGUUUAAUCUUCGGUGGGAUACAUGUGAUUAAGUAACUUAAUACACCACAAUACAUACAUGUAAAUGUAAUCAAUAUAUAAAAGCACACAGAAACUUCACUUCGCACUGUCCUUUCUUUUGACGUUGUCUAAUGUAGUUUGAUGAUAUCUAAACA